AUGACCAAGACCAAAGAGCUGUCCAAGGAUGUCACGGACAAGAUUGUAGACCUGCACAAGGUUGGACUGGGCUACAAGACUAUUGCCAAGCAGCUUGGUGAGAAGAUGACAACAGUUGGUGCAAUAAUUCGCAAAUGGAAGAAACACAAAAUUGUGGGAAUGUUUAUAUAA